AUGAUUCAAAACCUCCCCGGUGAACUCCUCAUAAAGAUUGCAAGAUAUCUUCCGUAUUCUUCGGACCGUCUCCACCUUGCCAGCUGCUGUCGUCGAUUCCGACUCAGCGUACCCCUCCUUGAGGAGGCAUACACAUCAAUUAAUGUCCAUUAUUUCUGUGAGAAAUCUCUCCGCCAGCUGGUGGAGAUUCUUCUGGAAGCUCCAGACCUUGCAAAAAGAGUCAUCCGUAUAUCGCUUGCGAAAUCAAAAGACUCACCUUGCAAGUCUCAUCUACCCACCUCUCAUCCGACGCAGCGGUCCCGCAACCAGUCCGUUUCGGACUUGAUACAACGUCUUACGCCGUCAGACGUUGAAUCCAAAGCAUGGAUGGCAGCAGCUACAGCUACUCCUGGGGAGGAAUGUAGUUAUCUGGGCCAAGACCUCUGGCUAACAAUGUUACUCAACUGCGCGCCAAAUAUUACAUCACGGGAGAUGGAGUGGGGAGGGCACACCGACAUCUCGGAACGAUUCCUGGAGUUCAUGUCCCGGAAUAAUGGAUUCUCGUGUCUUACCGAAGCAACCAUACAGGUGUCUUUCAACUCCGGGCUCGAAUUUCAAUUUUAUAAAAUUGCGCCUUUUUUCCGACUACAAUCUAUGCGCAAAUUCAAAGGCGCGUUGAUCGCUGACUUGGAGGAUCAGAGCAGAGUCAAUUUCGCUGAUCCGAUCCCCAUAAAGUCAUCGCCCAUUGGAAAUAUUCAUCUAGUGGAAGCAAGUUCAUAA